UUUUGACAGUUCCUUGUGUGUUGUAUGUAAAUAAGUUAUUUAUUUUGUCAAAAAAACUAAUUUUUAGAAAAACUAUGGAUGUAAAGAAAAAAGCAUAUUACAAUUGUUCAGUUAAUUAUUUGGUUAGACGCCAGGCGUGGUUAGAUGCAUUAAAAAAAAAGGAGGAAGAUGGAUCACCCUGGACACCACGUCGUCAUAAUCGCAUUUGCGGCAUGCAUUUUGUUGGAGGUAAGAAAUCGGAUCAUCCUGAAAGCCCCAGUUACAACCCAACAAUUUUUAAAAACUCAUCUAGAAUAAAAACUGAUUCAAAAACUGCAGUUGAUAGAUUUCAAAGAAGGUUGAGUCGAACCCUUGUCAAAGAAAGUAUUUCUCAAAACAUAGAAGGGCUGAAGAAGAAAAAAAUGUGUUCUAGGUCUAUAUUUCCAGUCAAUGAAACAAUUGAAAACAUGGAAAAUGCUGAAAAUGUUAAUUUGAUUGAUAUUGGAACUCAAGUUGAUUUUUCAAGUGAUGAUAAUGAUUCUGAUGGUCAAGAUACUGGAAGGAAAGGUAGUGAAUCAUUUAUAUGUAGAUAUUAUUCAAAUGAUUGUAGCAAUGUUGAAAUUCAAGUAUCUCGUCCAAAAAUUAAUAUGCAGAAGAAGAAAAAAGUUGUGAUACCAGACACAAAUGAUCAUAAAACAAACAAAUCUGGAUUUUAUGGAUAUUCUUCAAUAAGAGAGGCCUCAGAGCUUAAUGAUCUUGCAGGUGUUAAACUUGAAACCUUUCAAGUUUUAUUAAAUAUUAUGAAGAGAAAACAAGUUGAUGACAGUAUAAAAAUACCAUCAGAAGAUCAGCUGUUCAUUUUCCUAAUGAAAAUGAGAUGUGGACUCACGUUUACUGCUAUGGGUGUAUUACUUAACCUUCAUAGAACAACAAUAUCAAAGGUUUUUUAUGAUACUCUAAUGUACUUAGCCGGUGCAUGCGAGAAGUUUAUAAUUUGGCCAUCAAAGGAAACAGUACAGGCAACUAUGCCCAUUGCAUUUAAAAACUCAUACAAAGAUUGUAGAGCUAUUAUUGAUUGUACUGAAUUUUAUGUAGGACAAUCUAAGAUUGAACACCAAGUUAAAUUUUAUUCAAAUGACAAAAAAAGAUUUAGGAUAAAAAUUCUUGUUUGUUGUACACCAUCAGGAUACAUUUCAUAUGUUUCACAUUGUUAUGGUGCUAGAGCAACGAAUUGCCAAAUAGCAAGUAUAUGUGGUUUUCUAGAUCUACUUGAACCUGGAGAUCAAGUCCUUGCAGAUAAAGAGUUUCCUCAAGUUAAAACACAACUAGUUGAAAGCGGAAGAGGAGUUUUAGUUGUAAUGCCACCAUUUCUGCAUGACACAUUCUCUGAAGAACAGGUAGAAGAAACUUAUAAAGUUGCUAGAAUUCAUAUUGAGAGAGUGAUAGAAAGAAUUCAUGCUUACAAAAUAGUUGAUAAGUUUACUAUCGAUAUGUUACCUUACUGUGAUGCAAUUAUAUUUAUGUGCUGUGUUCUAGUAAAUCUACAAUCACAAAUACUUAAAGAUAUUUAG